AUGGCGCCGUACGGGCUCCCGUCGCAUACACGAGACUCGCUCGAACUCGCAUCGCUCGCCAGCUCGAGCCAGGGCAACGAAGAUGGCGUCUCGGAGAUGUCGUCGCGACCCAGCAUAUCGUCGUCGCGGAGGUUGUCGCUCGAGCAGGACGACCCCCUCGACAGCGCCAACCCAGCCGGGAGGAUGCACCGGUCCUACUCGGUGUCGUCCGCCUUUGACUUUGCCGCCAACAUGUUCCCGCUGAGCUCGACGGCCGGCGCCGGCGGGUACGCGCCCAUUGGGGCUCCCACGUCGACGGCACGGCCGAACGGUGGGUUGGGAGGAGGAUCGUUGGAGAAGCACAAGACCUUGACCUACCUCAACGGGUUGUCGCUGAUAGUCGGACUCAUCAUCGGUUCUGGUAUCUUUUCGUCUCCGGGCUCGGUGAGCGCUCGAGUCGGCUCGCCGGGCGCUGCCUUGGUUGUCUGGGUCAUUGCAGGUGUGCUCGCGUGGACAGGCGCCGCAUCGUACGCUGAGCUUGGUGGAGCGAUCCCUCUGAAUGGCGGUGCCCAGGUGUAUCUCGCCAAGACGUUUGGCGAGUUGUCGGGCUUCCUCUUUACAUGGGUGGCCAUGUUGGUGCUCAAGCCCGGCAGUGCUGCCAUCAUUGCCAUCAUCAUGGGCGAGUACUUGGUGCGCGCCUUCAUUGGCGCUGAUGCUGAACACAUCAGCCCCUGGAUCAACAAGGCGGUCGCGCUCGUGGGUCUCGUUGCUGUGACGUUUCUGAACUGCGUCUCGACACGGCUCGGAACGCGCCUAAACGAUAUGCUCAUGUUCAUGAAGUUUGUCGCCCUGUUAGGUGUCACCAUCACGGGUGUCGUGGUUGCCAUCACGGGCAAGACACUCAAGGGCAAGUCGAACGUCGAGUGGAAGGCCCACGAGUUGUUUGACAAUACGUCGACGGACAUGUCUGCUUGGGCAUUGGCGCUCUAUGCCGGUCUCUGGGCCUAUGAUGGAUGGGAUAACACAAACUAUGUGGUUGGCGAGUUUCGAAACCCUACUCGAGACCUGCCCAGGGUUAUCCAUACCGCCAUGCCACUGGUUAUCCUCUGCUAUGUCCUCGCCAACAUGGCCUACUUCCUGGUUCUUCCCCUUGAGAGCAUGGAUGGCGCCAACACUGUGGCCGUCAUGUUUGGUUCCCAAGUCUUUGGUUCCGUUGGCGCUCUCAUCCUUGCGCUCAUCGUCAGCGCCAGCUGCUUCGGUGCUCUCAACUCGUCCACAUUCACCUCAAGCCGUCUUGCCUACGUUGCUGGCAAGGAAGGUUACAUUCCCUCCAUCUUUGGCCGUAUCGGUGUCGGAAAUGAAAAUGAGAACAGUCUCAGCACGCAGCGCACACGAAGCUGGUUCUCACGCAAGCUGAGCCGUGCUUUCGGCGAUGAAGACACGGGGUUGUUCUAUACCCCUAUUUACGCGCUCGUGCUGAAUGCCGUCUUGACUACGGGCUAUGUCAUCGUCGGCGAGUUUAGCACCUUGGUCACAUUCUACGGCGUAGCGGGCUACACCUUCUACUUCCUCACGGUGCUAGGUCUCAUCGUGCUACGCGUGCGCGAGCCGCAGCUUGAGCGACCCUACAAGACAUGGAUCACAACGCCCAUCAUCUUUUGCUGCGUGAGCUUGUUCCUCCUCAGCCGCGCCGUCUUUGCCCAGCCGUUCCAGACCGUGGCCGUCGUCUCAUUCGUCGUGGCCGGCGUGCCAGUCUACUUCUGGCGCAUCCACGGCCGCGACGAGACGGUCUUGAGGAGGAGGGGACAACCCGGGGAGGAGAGAAAGUGGUGGCGAUUCUGGAAAUGA